UAAACCAAUGUAAUGCUCUAAUGUAGGUUACAAGAGACCGAGUCCUUCGUGAGUGGGUACUUGAAGAAACUGCUGAGAACAUGCACAGGAAUUUUGGGUCAGGUUACCCAGGGGAUCCUGAAACCAAGGCCUGGCUGGACCAUCACAAGCACUCAGUAUUUGGGUUUCCUACAUUGGUGCGCUUCAGUUGGGGAACGUGUGCUACGUAUCUGAAGGAUGGUGUUGAGGUAGUAUGGGAAUCUAACGAGGUUGAUGAGAAUUCUUCAAAUGUUGGGACGAGCAAACGACAACUAAAAUUAUCGAAACUUGGCUUUACCGGAUGCAAGAGGAAGACCGAGGAUAUUGAAUCUAAUGGAAAAGGUCGUUCUAAAUUUUUCCAAGCUCGCAAACUCGAGCUAGUCACUCAUUUCCAAUGAUUUUAUGGAUAUCCUCUAAUUUUGAAGCUUAACUUCACCUCAUUAUGAUUUUCAUUAAUUCAUUACUUAUAUGAUUAUGAAAACCUCGAUCGCAAAAUUUUGCUACUGAGAAAGCCAAGUUAUUUAUAUUAGGCUAAACCUGUUCUUAA